ACCCAACUUCUUCCGUCUUUCCUACUCUACAACCUUCUACGGAACCUUUGCGAGAUACCUCAUUUCCACUUCCUCGACUUGAGAAUCUCCACCCCCGACAACCGUCAAGAUGGUCCGCACCUCCGUUCUUCACGAUGCUCUCAAGAGCAUGAACAACGCCGAGAAGGCCGGCAAGCGCCAGGUCCUCAUCCGUCCUUCUUCCAAGGUCAUUGUCAAGUUCCUCCAGGUCAUGCAGAAGCACGGCUACAUCGGCGAGUUCGAGGAGGUCGAUGACCACCGCUCCGGCAAGAUCGUUGUCCAGCUCAACGGCCGCCUCAACAAGUGCGGUGUCAUCUCCCCCCGCUACAACGUCCGUCUCGCCGACCUCGAGAAGUGGGUCGUCAAGCUGCUGCCCGCCCGUCAGUUCGGCUAUGUCAUCCUGACCACCUCCGCUGGUAUCAUGGACCACGAGGAGGCCCGUCGCAAGCACGUUGCCGGCAAGAUCAUCGGUUUCUUCUACUAGAGAAAAGGGCCGAGGGAAUGGGUUAUGAAAAAAAAAAGUACGGACGGAAGGGUUCUGGACUUGGGUCUGCAUCACGCGGCGUUAGGGGGGUUUGCCAGUUUUGGCCGAUACGAUACCACUUGAAGCUCUCAAGCUAGUUGCAUAUUGAGCACACUGCAAUCAACCCGCGCGAAUGAUCCGAUACUACGUGCUCCGUUGUACCUAUGAAUGUCAAAUGGUGAAUGAGUC